AUGCAAACAGACGAAGAUAUACCACAAUUACCCAACAUUCGGCCACAAUACACAUACACAGCGCCAGUGUCACGUAUUCACGAACAAAGAGACAUCGAUGCCUUUGUCCAAACGAGGGCUUUUGAUCGCAUCAUGACCUUUGUCAUGUUGUUGAAUAAGAGUGUUAUGCAGAAAAAGAUAUCAGAUGCAUGUCAUAUAUCUCCUCAAACACAGCGCAUUUUAGACAUGCUGGACACAUUGGAUUCAUGGAUAGAUGAAUUUCCUCCGUUGGAUAACCCACAGCGAUUUGGAAACAAAGCCUUUCGAUCAUGGGCUGCAAAAUUAGUAGAGUCUUCCACAACUAUCAUGAAGAGCGUGUUAUCCGAGGAUUUACAUGAUGCUAUUCCUGAAUUGUCAGAGUAUUUGAACAAGGGGUUUGGAAAUGAGACUCGGAUAGAUUAUGGAUCUGGCCAUGAACUGAGCUUUGCUGCUUGGCUGGCUGGCAUUGCACUGCUGGGAGGAUUCACACCUGAUGACUAUCAAGCCAUCGUGUUGAGGAUAUUUGUAAAAUACCUAGAGUUGGUGCGUAGGAUACAGACGACAUAUACACUGGAACCCGCAGGCAGCCAUGGUGUAUGGGGACUAGACGACCACCAAUUUCUGCCUUAUGUGUGGGGGAGUGCUCAGUUGAUCAAUCAUCCUAGAUUACUGCCAAAAUCAAUUCUUCAGCGAGACACAGUGGAUGCAUUUGCAGACGACUACAUGUACUUUCGAUGUAUCCAAUACAUUUUGCAAGUCAAGAGAGGCCCCUUCUUUGAACACUCGCCCAUGCUGAAUGAUAUUUCAUCCGUCUUUUCCUGGAACAAGGUGAAUACAGGCAUGUCCAAAAUGUACGUUGCCGAGGUACUGAAGAAGGUGCCUGUGGUCCAGCAUUUCAAAUUUGGCAAUUUGUUCCCAUUCAACCGCUAA